AUGCGGCGAGAGCACCAGGGGAACCUCUCAAUUCUUGAGCUGCUCAUGGCAGAUUCCCUCCCGAGACUGAUUUCGGCCCGCGUCCAGUCACGGGACUUCCUUUUCGGUCUUCCUACCAUUCAAUCAUUCACUGUCGAGAGCCGAGCCCAACCGCGGGGCCCUCUUGUUCUGAAUCCCGAGUUGCAAGAUAUUGCAAGCACCAGGUUAGGCUAUUGGUCGAGCACCAAAGCCCUCACCAACGGCGAAGCGAUCGAUGCCAUGGGCGCUGCAGCGCAGCGGCGCCUCAGCAUCACGGACAAGGAUCGCGUACUUGUCUCCAUCACACUGUGCCACGCAUUUGGAAUUGGCUCCGCUGUUGGGAGUGCUUGGCUCGCAGGCGCUGCUGUGGUCCUGCCAGGUGCGAGCGGCAUUCGGGGCUGUGGCAGCCCUUCUCAGCGGGCUGAGGCCACUCUCACAACGCUCGCCUCGCAACGGUGCAGCUUGCUUUUUGCGGAUGUGCACACUCUGAAAGCGCUGCCGGACCCUGGCGACAAGGACCUCACCGCGCUGCGCGGCGGCGUUUGCAAGGUGGGAAGCGGGGCGGACUUCCUUGAAGAGGUCAAGGAGGCAAAGCUUGGGCCCAAUGGCGAGCUAAAGCCCCUGCAGUAUGCAGGGGUUCCGAUCAUCGCGCUCGGCAAGAAGUGA